AUGGCGCUAGAGCGGGCGCUGCAGGCGGCGCGGCAGGGCGACGUGGAGGCUCUGCGGGGGCUGCGGGCGGCGGGGCUGCUCCGGCCGGGGCUGCGGGACGCGCUCGGAGCCUCUCCCGCUCACCACGCCGCCCGCGCCGGCCGCCUCGCCUGUCUUCGGUACCUGGCGGCCGAGGCUGCUCUCCGCGGCGACGCGCGGGCGCGCAACGGGGCCACGCCGGCCCACGACGCCGCCGCCACCGGCAACCUCGCCUGUCUCCAGUGGCUGCUCACGCAGGGAGGCUGCGGCGUGCAGGACACAGACAACUCCGGUGCCACUAUCCUACAUCUCGCAGCCCGAUUCGGUCACCACGAGGUGAUCGAGUGGCUCCUCCGCUUCGGAGGCAGCGAUCCUACGGUAGCCACAGAUACAGGAGCGCUGCCGGUCCAUUAUGCUGCGGCCAAAGGGGAUUUCCCUUCCCUGCGACUUCUCUUAGGACACUGCCCAAGCACGCUCAGUGCCCAGACCAAGACUGGUGCCACCCCUCUGUACCUCGCCUGCCAGGAGGGCCACCUCGAGAUCAUCCAAUACUUGGUGAAGGACUGCGGGGCCGACCCCCACGUACGCGCCAACGACGGCAUGACCCCACUGCAUGCUGCAGCCCAGAUGGGCCACAACACCGUCAUCGUCUGGCUGAUGAGCUUCACGACAGUGAGCCUGUCAGAGCGGGAUGACGACGGAGCCACGGCCAUGCACUUUGCUGCCAGCCGCGGCCACGCCAAGGUGCUGAGCUGGCUGCUGCUGCACGGUGGUGAGAUCACGGCAGACGGAUGGGGCGGCACGCCGCUGCACGACGCUGCUGAGAAUGGCGAGCUGGAGUGCUGCCAGAUCCUGGUGGUGAACGGCGCUGACCUCAGCAUCCGUGACCAGGAUGGCUACACGGCGGCCGACCUCGCCGAUUACAAUGGCCACAUCCACUGCGCCAAGUACCUGCGCACCGUGGAGAACAUGAGCAUGGAGCACCGCGUGCUGUCACGAGACCCUUCGGCAGAUGGGGAGUGCCGUCAGCCUGACUCAGGCAUGUCGUCACCCAACACCACGGCAUCGGUGCCCCAGGCGCGCUUCGAGGUUGGCUCCCCCGCCAGCACCCUCUCCAACUACGACUCCUGCAACUCCAGCCAGUCCAGCACCGGGGAGAAAAGGGGCGGCCCCCACACGGCCCCUGCAGCCCGUGAGUGCCUGGGGCAGGGUUCAGGGGGGACAUGGGCUGAGCUGUGCUGUGACACCCCCUCCCCCCCCGCAGGGGUCCCGGAGCCGGCACUCACAGACAUGCAGGCUUACAUGGACAUGCUGAACCCCGAGACGCGGCCACGGGGCAGAGGACUGGCGAGCGAGGGUCCCCCACCGCCACCCCCCAGUUUCCCUCCACCGCCACCCCCCCCUGCAACCCGGCCCCCUCCCCCACCCCCCGGCUACCCUGCGCCCGCACCGCCCGUUGCCCCCGACACCGCCGACAUCUACGUGCGGGCCAAGAACAACCUGAGGCACGUGGAGAGCCAGGCGCUGCGCAGAGAGCUGGUGUCGCGUGAGGGCAGCCCCGAGGGCCUGCGCCGGGCCGACUCCACGCGGCGGUCACGGAACUUCAGCAAGCAGCCGAGCACAGGUGACUACUACAAGCACCUGGGGCCCAGCGUGGCAGAGCUGCCCGGCCCGCGCAGGAUGGCGCACAGCGAGGAGGUGAGCGCGGCCCCGGAGCUGCGUGCGUCGCGGCGCCCCAACCCUACGUCAUCCCUGCCCGCGCUCUUCCAGAGCUCUCUGUUGCCUGCGGACGCCAUGCACAAUGGGGGCCCGGUGGAGAGCAAGCCUGGCACCGAGCUGCCGCCUCCACCACCGCCUCCGCCGCUGCCCGACGCCGCCUGCCCGCCGCCCCCUCCGCCUCCGCCGCCCGCUGGCCCCCGCCGCUCGUCCUCCUCCACUGGAAGCACCAAGUCGUUCAACAUGAUGUCCCCCACCGGCGACAACUCGGAGCUCCUGGCUGAAAUCAAGGCCGGGAAGAGCCUGAAGCCAACGCCACAGAGCAAAGGCUUCACCACCGUAUUCUCUGGCAGCGGGCAGGCAGGGGCCAACGCUGACUCACCAGCAUCCUCCCCAUCGCCCACCAGGACUCCCACCCCACCAGCCACCCCCGAGGCCGGGGGGCCACCACGCUGCAUGGCAGGGGGCUCGCCAGAGCCAGUGCUUAAUGGGAGCUCACCAGUGCCAGGGCCGGGGGCCGUGGCCCCACCAGAUGUGGAAGCUCUGGUGCCAAGCCACGAUGAGCAGGGCCGGCCCAUCCCUGAGUGGAAGCGGCAGGUGAUGGUGCGCAAGCUGCAGCUCCGUAUGCAGGAGGAAGAGGAGCAGCGGCGUAAGGAGAAGGAGGAGGAGGCACGCCUGGCCAGCAUGCCGGCCUGGAGGAGGGACAUCCUGCGCAAGAAGCUGGAGGAGGAGAGAGAGCAGAAGCGGAAAGAGCAAGAGAAGCAGAAGCGAGAGGAGGAGGAGAAGGAAAAGGAGCAGUCAGAAAAGCUAAGGACUCUUGGGUACGAUGAGACAAAGCUGGCGCCCUGGCAGCGGCAGAUCAUCCUCAAGAAAGGGGACAUAGCGAAGCACUAGCCCUGCUCCCUGCAGCAGCGUCACGCCCCGCGCUGCCCCCGGCUCUUAGCGGUGGGACGAGGCUCCGCUCCGCGCCCGGUGCCCGCCGGGACGCACGCGCCCUCCUCCCGCCGCCAACGGCCCCCGGCGCUCCCACCUCACCCGCCCCGCAGGAGCGCCCGCUGCCACCGCCCAGGUUCUCGUAGCCCCAUCCCGCUGCCCCCGCCUGCUGCCCCCGACGCUGCCGUUCACAGAACGGGGCCCUGGAGCCGCGCUGCACGGGGGCUGCCGUGCAAUCGGCGCGCGCUGCGUGCUCCCCGCGCUCCUUCCUUCCGCCUCCGGAGCCGCUAGAGGGAGGCUUCCGGCCCGCGUCUGACCCAGACCCUCCGCGUUUCGGCAAUUAAAACAAUAAAUCCCCUCCUGCGGUGCCCCGCGCCUUCCUGGGGCUGCCCGCAAUGCCCCUCCUGCCCU